GGUUUUUGAUAGGUAUAUAUACAGGUACGUAUCAGCUCUAUGUUAUAUUGCCGCUUUAAACGUCAACAGGAAGAAGAAAUAACUUUACCAAAGAAAUGUCUGGGCAGGGAGUUGUGGUGAUAGACCUGGGGUCUUGGAGUGUCAAGGCGGGUAUGAAGGGUGGCAGCAGUCCCACUUGUGUACUAACAGAAAAACAACAAAAGGCUGUCCUGAAUGGAAGGUAUCCUAUCGAAAAUGGACAAGUUACAGACUGGGAGGACGCCGAACAGCUUCUCCGAAAUACAUUCACGGAAUUGGGGGUCAAGCCUGAUGAGAACGCCGUCCUCUUGUGUCAGCCACUGACAAACACGAAACUCAACAAAGAGAAGAUUGUCCAACUCAUGUUUGAGAAGUUUAAUGUUCCGGCUGUCUUCCUAGCGUACACCAACGUUUUGUCCCUGUAUGCUACGGGGAAGCUGAACGGGGUUGUGAUGGAGUCUGGAGCAGGAGUAUCCAACUGUGUGGCUCUUUAUCAAGGAAAUGCCAUGCUAGACACUCUUGUGUCAAGUGACUUGACCGGUAACCAGCUUACGAACUUCGUCUCACAAAAGCUUGCUAAUCCCGAUCUUGAUUUCGAAACCGUUAACGAAAUUAAAGAGCAGACGUGUAGCCUUAAUCCACCCACCGAGGACAUGGGUUAUACACUUUCCGACGGCAGUCGUAUCAAUGUCCCCCAGGACGCCCAAAGGGCCCCCGAGAUCUUAUUGGAUCCCACCAUAGCUAACAUAAACACUAGAAGUAUCCCUCAAGCCAUAGUGGACUGUAUCGAAAAGGUCCGCGCGCAGCACGGAAAUGAUCGUGCCCAGGAGAUGUGUAGCAAUAUCAUACUGUCUGGGGGAAACACUCUUUUUAGUGGAUUAGUUGACCGCGUACAAGACGAAAUAAAAACCAAGAUGGUGGGUGUUAGUGGAAUACAGGUGAUAAAAGCAGCACCGUACUCGGCAUGGAUAGGAGGAUCCAUCCUUGCAUCGCUAGAAACGUUUGGUGGUCUUCUUAUAACCAAGGCGCAGUACGAGGAGAAGGGUGUGCAGGUCAUCGAAGACAAGUUCUGAUUUCGGUCGUUAGAACCACCAGAGAAUAUCAGACUUUGCUAAAAUAUUGAAACCCAAAGAUGCAUAACAGACUUUUAGAUCAUGUACCGCGAGGUAUCAAUCAAGCCAAAUCUACGAUCAAUGUUUUAAUCUUCAAUGUGAUAUUUCGAGUGA